AAGCUUUCUGCUUGUGAAACUAUGGGGUCUGCCACCACAAUUUGCACUGACAAAACAGGUACUCUUACCCUUAAUCAGAUGAAGGUGACAAAGUUUUGGCUGGGGAAGGAAACCAUGGAUGAAGCUUAUUCUUCAAUUUCUUCAUCUGUUGUUAACUUGAUUCAUCAAGGAGUUUCUCUGAACACAACCGGAAGUGUUUACAGAGGUUCUACGGGGUCAGGAUUUGAAUUCUCUGGAAGUCCAACGGAAAAGGCAAUUCUUUCUUGGGCUGUUCUGGAGAUGAAGAUGGAUAUGGAGGAAAUGAAGAGGAAUUUCACAAUUCUCUUUGUGGAAGCAUUCAAUUCUCAGAAGAAAAAGAGCGGAGUUUUGAUCAAGAAAAAAGAAGAUAACACAGUUUAUGUUCAUUGGAAAGGAGCAGCAGAAAUGAUUUUGGCUAUGUGCUCAAGCUACUAUGAUGCUUCAGGUGUUAUGAAAGAUCUUAAUGAAGAAGAAAGGAUGGAAUUCAAGAAAAUUAUUCAGGGAAUGGCAGCAAGCAGUCUCCGAUGCAUUGCUUUUGCUCACAAACAAGUUGCAGAAACAGAGGAAGAAGAUGUGAAAGAGAAGAAAAAGCUUGAAGGGGAAAACUUGACCCUGUUGGGACUUGUGGGUAUCAAGGAUCCAUGUCGGCCAGGGGUGAAAAAGGCGGUGGAGGACUGCCGGUCUGCCGGAGUGAACAUCAAGAUGAUUACUGGCGACAAUGUCUUCACAGCAAGAGCUAUUGCCACUGAAUGUGGGAUUCUCCGGCCGGAUCAGGACAGGGAUAGUGGAGCCGUUGUGGAAGGCGAGCAAUUCCGCAACUAUACACCAGAAGAAAGGAUGGAGAAGGUGGAGAAGAUCUGCGUUAUGGCAAGAUCGUCCCCUUUUGACAAACUUCUCAUGGUACAGUGCUUGAAACAGAAAGGACAUGUAGUUGCAGUCACUGGAGAUGGUACCAAUGAUGCUCCAGCACUUAAAGAAGCUGACAUCGGAUUGUCAAUGGGGAUUCAAGGGACGGAAGUUGCGAAGGGGAGCUCCGAUAUUGUCAUCCUGGAUGACGAAUUCGCUUCCGUGGCCACCGUUUUGAAGUGGGGAAGAUGCGUUUACACCAACAUACAAAAAUUCAUUCAAUUCCAGCUGACAGUAAAUGUUGCUGCUCUGGUGAUCAACUUCAUGGCAGCCAUUUCUGCAGGAGAAGUUCCUUUAACGGCAGUUCAGCUUUUGUGGGUGAACUUGAUCAUGGACACAUUGGGUGCUCUGGCUCUAGCUACAGAGAAGCCCACCGAGGAGCUGAUGAAGAAGCCACCUGUUGGUCGCACAGAGCCUUUGAUUACCAAUAUCAUGUGGAGGAACCUCCUAGCUCAAGCUCUUUACCAGAUUAUAGUACUCCUGAUCCUGCAAUUCAGAGGAGAAUCAAUCUUCGGAGUAACUAAAGCCGUGAAUGACACCUUGAUUUUCAACACUUUUGUGCUCUGCCAAGUUUUCAAUGAAUUCAACGCGAGGAAGCUGGAGAAGAGGAACGUAUUCAAGGGCAUUCAUAAGAACAAGCUGUUUUUGGCGAUCAUCGGGAUGACCAUUGUUCUUCAAGUGGUGAUGGUGGAGUUUCUGAAGCGAUUUGCCAGUACAGAGAGGUUGAAUUGGGGACAAUGGGGGGCCUGCAUCGCCAUGGCUGCUGUCUCUUGGCCCAUCGGCUGGAUCGUCAAGUACAUACCGGUUCCAGAGAGACCAAUUUUCAGCUAUCUCAAAUGGAGGAAAUGCAGAAUUGCACAUUAUGCUUGAUAUUUCAAAUGCCCAAGUCAGGCCUACAACCAUGUCCAAAGCCCAUUUGAUUCAUGACCCAAAACUUGACCCAUUUUACACAUCCAAGCAAAUACCGAAAUGGGAACCCUAGAAAAGGGAGGAGGUCUGGAGCGUUUUGGAGGGAGACAGCAGCGGCCACAAGAGGGGGGGCACACAAAAAAAUCUCUCGAUCCUUCUCCCCUUAUAAUCCUCUUCACAGCCACCAUCACCAUUACCGUCCCAUCUUGGUUCUAUCCUUUUCACAUUCUCAACGGCAGCUCCAUCUCCAGGAUCAAGACAGCUGCACAUCAUCUCCUCCAAUCACCUCGUGCGGGGCACAUCAAAAGCAGUAGGACAGUAACUGUAGCCCCUGGGCAUCUCCUUUCUUCUCUCAAUCGCCGGCCUCCUCGGAUUCCUGUCAUCUCUGCUACUCCAGUCUCCAUUUGCGGCAAGGUUGCUUUUCAGUCCGGUUCCCUCUCCUUCUAGGUAUAACCGAAAACAGGGGAUUUUUGGGAAAGGUAGUGAGGGAGACGAACGCAGCCUGGUCCCGUGGGUGGGAUCCCUCCCUUCCGAUCCCGAUCUGCCCCCCAAAACUUCCACCUUUGUUCUGAUUUCUUUAGGCUCUUGAUGCUGUAUUGGAAUUAUAUUAGAUUAGAUAAUGACAAAUAAAUAUCAAGCAUGUUUUGUUGAAUUUCAAGAAUUUAAAUUUGAAUAUAUGUUAAGGAAAAGU